UGCAGUAACUGCGGCACAACCAAAACACCCCUCUGGCGUCGUGCUCCCAAUGGCGACACCAUCUGCAAUGCAUGUGGGUUGUUCUUGAAAGCUAGAAACGCGCCUCGACCUGUCACUGAUUGCAACAGCAGCAAGGACAUGACGACAGCAAAACAGGGUCGUCCGCUGCAAUGCUCCAAUUGCGGCACACGAACUACGCCAUUGUGGCGGCGCGAUUUGGAGAGCAAUAUCAUCUGUAACGCUUGUGGUUUGUAUUACAGGCUGCAUAAUGCGCAUCGUCCAAUUACCAUGAAACGUACCAUGAUCAAGCGGAGAAAACGA